AUGCCUUCUCUCCAUGCGCUUGCUAUUGGCCUAUUGGCCUGUGCAAGCUCUGUCCUCGGCGAAAAUAGUGUCCCAACGGCCAAAACGAAGAACGGCACUUACUAUGGGACUCACGCGUCGAAGUGGGAUCAGGAUUAUUUCCAAAGAAUCCCAUAUGCACAGCCUCCUGGACCUACGCAACAAGUUCUUGGCGAAUACGUAUCAGAAGAUUGCCUGACACUCAACAUUUUCCGCUCGAACAACGGAACAUCCGCUUCGAAACUGCUUCCAAUCGUCCUGUACAUCCAUGGCGGUCUCUUUAAGCAGGGCUCAGGUCGUGACCCCAGAUAUGACAUGACCUCUUUGCUUCAGGUUGCUGUCCAGAACAAUCAGCAGUUUACCGGGGUCACGUUGAACUAUCGCUUGAGCUAUUGGGGCUUCCUUUAUGGCCAAGAAGUGGCUGAGGAGGGAGUUGCUAAUCUUGGCCUGAAGGAUCAACGUCUUGCUCUUCGAUGGAUUUCAGGAAACAUCAAGGCGUUUGGUGGGGAUCCUGAAAAAUUCACCAUCUGGGGUCAAGAGGCAGGUGCUUAUAGUGUCGGUCUCCAGCUUCUUGCGUAUGGUGGUCGCGAUGAUGGUCUUUUCAGAGGUGCUGUGGCCCAAAGUGGCAGUCCAACUCUUAUGUGGCCCUCUAUUACAGCCAAGGAGUGGCAGCCUCUUUACAACAAGUUUGUAAAUGCGACAAACUGCACUGGCUCUAGCGAUACAUUGAAUUGUCUUCGCAACUUUGACGCCAGUUCUCUUUCCGAUGUGUCCGAUAGUGACAUCACGACAUUAGAGCGCGUGAAUCCAUUUGUGGAUGGUGAUUUCAUACGGGAACUUGGCUCAAAGGCUCUUGAGGCUGGAAACUUUGUGAAGGUCCCACUAAUGAUGGGAACAACCCAAGAUGAAGGGGCAUGGAGCUACUAUGGUGUUGAGAACAUUAACACGACAUCCGAGUUCCUGGAUAUGGUGCUUUAUGACGGUCUGAGCGAAUCAGCAGCCAAGAAGAUUGCUCAGUUUUACCCCGAUGAUCCGGCCCAGGGUAUUCCCUCAACUUUGAUCGGUCGUCCAGGAAAUGAGACAGGGCUGGGAUAUCAAUGGGAGCGUUGGGCAAAGCACAAUGUCAGUGUACAUACAUACGUGUACGAUGUGCUCUUUCACGCUAAGUGGUGGCAAUAUGGCGCGCAGGAACAGGAUGAUAUUGCGUUCUUCUUCCACAACGUCACGCUAUCAGAGUCACUCAGCCCUACUGAUCAGGCCGAUCAGAAAAAGACCUUCGAGCCGUUGAGUUACCUAUUGACAAGCAUGCUGAUCAGUUUCAUCAACACGCAAGAUCCCAAUAACGUUCCAAUGAAUGGUACCGUUUCUUGGCCAAAAUACUCAGUAAAGGAUCCUAAAGCCCUCGUGUUCGAUGUUAACGCUACUGAGCGUUGCCGAGUUGAAAAGGACAACUUUCGCAGCGAAGCAAUCGAAAACUGGAUUGACCUAUUCUCGACAAAUGAGUACCCACAAUAG